AUGCCCUGUGAAGAGCUAAUUACCCGCUUUCACAAAAUCUUGACUGACAGUUCUGAUAUUGGGCUCAGAUUAAGAGGAUUUUCAUCAUUAAUUGACUCAAUGCUGUACGAGCAUGCCGACGAUUCUAAUUUUGAGCGUCGUUUAUUGAUUGAUGAAUACAAUACCUGGAUGCUUUUUAUCCAGCUGAGUCUUAUUAACGAGUUUCCAAGGCAAUACAAAUCACUAGGAAAAUCAGUCCUGCACGAAAUUUCUCAGGAAUUUAUGAAUGAUAGGCUAUUUCUGGCCAAACUCUGUAUGCUAACUUGGGUGGAGUCAAUCAAACGCACCGAAAAUUAUCAAGAAAAAGAUGCCGAAUUUUUGAACACAGCCGCGAAAAUAAAGGCGAAUGGACUUAAUGAGAGGCUUGACCCUGACUUUGUGUGGAAUACAUCGAGGAAACCUGAUAAAGGCGACGUAGAAAGCGACUUGCAAUUAAUUAGAGAUACUUUUAGCUUGAUAAGAGCUGGGGAUCUAAAAUCGGCCCAAACUCUUUUGAAUGAUUCCAAUCAAGCUUGGCGAGCACUUACUCUUUCAGGACUUCUCCCUUAUUUUGACUUUAAAAUCCACGAGUACCCUGGAGAUUCGUAUAUCCCUUCAGAAAUAAAAAGGUGAAGUUGACAGAAAUUGAAUACAAGGUGGUGCAAUCUCUAUGGAGCAGAUAGGACCUAUACUGAUGAAGCUGAAAGCAAGGUCUCUGUCACGUUUUGAAGUAAGAUUUCAGGAUUGGGAAGCUUUGCCUAAAGGUUUUACUCUCCCUGCCAGAUGGACUAGACUGGUUUUGCCUACCAUCAUGGUCUUCCCUUGCUGGAAUCAUCGGGUACUCUACAAAUGGUGGCUUUGCCCCAGGGAGUUGCUCCUUGGAAAGGUCGCUAAGGUGGGAAAUCCAAAUGAAAGCCUUUCAUUUUCCUCAUUCGAGCUCCAAGAGCUAUGGGAACUAUUAUUCCUAAAACUGAACGAAACAAAGGCCAGAGGGCUUGUCUGCUUCUGGCCAGUUUAUCCAUUUAAUUUAAUUUAUAUCCCUUCAUUUUUUAACACAGCUGACUUUGAAAAAGCUACAGUCGAGCCAGAAUCCCCACAAGGCUACCAAGGUGAUUUUGGCAAUGCAAACAUCGAGCUUUAUAUGGAGAGAUUAAAAAUAAUCCACAUCUUUUCCUUUUAUUUAAAACAAAACUGAUUAUUUUUUUCUAAAAAACAGAUUUAACAACUUUUAUAUAAAAAAGUCGAAAAAUACUUUUUUGAUCUCACCAUUUAUAUAGCCACAAAUUGGAAGCUUUCAGAAGAGAAAAAAAGGAUAAACUUUGAGUCAUAUAGCUAUGAACGAGCAUUAUACGGAAGCAUGUGUGGCAAUUAUGAAGCAAUGCUUCCUGUAUGUAAAAAUGAUAUUCAUGAUCAUUUUUGGGCUAUGAUUAGAAGUGUAUUUAUUUUCGAUUUGAGAGAAAAACUGAGAAAUUGCAAUGAGCCGAAUUAUGUCGUUGAAGAAAUUUUCAGUGAAGAAUAUGGCGAGUUUGGGCUGCCUAUAAAUAUCCCUAAUAAAUGGCCGAGCAGCUUUGAUGGAAUUCUAAGGAUGCUACAGCAGCAGCAUGCAGAAGUAUUUAAAAAAUCGUAUAACAAGCUGCAGUUCACUUCUAUUGUCCCAGCUAUUUUAAGCAACUGGGAUCAAGUUCUUGACAAUCUGUCAUUUUUUACGUCACAGUACUAUGAAAAUUCAAAAGAAGGGGUUAUGGAAGAAAUUUAUGCCACCCGCUUUUCAGCCCACUUAGCAAUUAUCAUUAAAUCAGCCUACGAUGUCUCAGAAAACAAAAUCCAACUCGCUGAAGAGCUCAUAUCUAAAUACAUAAAAGCCUUAAUUGGAUAUAAAAGUCCUCUCCAUGUCGUAUUAUUUUAUUUACGCUACAUUUCUGACGAAACUUUAAUGAUGGAGAUCUCUAAUGAGCUGUUCAGAAACUACACAGAAACUCAUGAACGAGAAAUGUGUGUCGAGUCCUUAAAAGUGUAUGCCUCCAAAAUGUAUCAAGGAUUUAUUUGUGAAAUAAUUAUGAAUAUUGUAGAGCUGAAAUAUCUCCAAUUAGACUACAAUAAUGUUAUAAAUAUGCUUAUUCCCCCUCCGUGAGUGAACAAAAAACUUCUGUUGGCCACGAGGGGGUUAAUUUAUUUUAACAAAAACUACAUAGAAAUUUUAGAGAAAUUUUUUUUUUCAAAAUUUAAAAAAAAUCCCAAUUCGCAAAAAUUAGAAAGCAAAUAUUAAUUUAAUUUGUAAAAUUUAUGUUUUAAAAUGCAAUUUGUUUCGAAUUAAACAGAGAUUUUGUUAUAUCAAUUAUCAUUUAUAUAUCAAAUUUUUUCGUAAUUCACUCACAGAGGGGGGGGAGUUAGAGUUUCUGAAAGCUACGAAGCUGACAAAGAUUUGCAAGACCUGAUUUCCUUAAUAAAGCCACAAAUUUUCAGAGAGUCCUUUUCUUCUCUGCUUUCUUUGAUCAGAAAACUUAUCCUUUCCUGCAAAAUAAAUAAAGCUCAUGAAUUGGUUGUGGUAUCAUUUAAUGCUCUUUUAGACGAUAAUUUACAAAAAUACGAGCGUGAGUAUUGGUCAAAGUUUAUUGAUUCCAUCAACAAUUAUAUCAAUUACAAAACUUAUAAAUCACAAGAUUUUGUAGCUAUGGUAGAAGAAGAAUCAUUUAAUACAAGUAGCUCAGCAUUAUUAAAAGUUAGCUCAAACCCAAUACAUGCAAUAGAAAAAAGAAACAAUCAAAUAAAAAAUAACGCAGAAAAAACUUUAAGCUCCCUAGAAUUUGUGACGGGAAUUAAAGACAGGAGAUUUCCACUAAUUGAUAUAGAUGAAGAAGAUAUAAGGAUUUUUACAAAAAAUUGGGAAAUUAUUUUACUAUUGUGGAUGGUUGAAAUUUAUGAGGAACUUAGGAUGGUAGAAAAAUGCAAAGAACUUUUAGCGAUUGUGGAGUCAAUAUUUGAGAGGUAUUUAGAUGGAAAUCAAAAAGCACAAAUUGUAGGGCAGCUGAGGAGAGCAAUUAAUAGAUUAAGUGCAUAA